AUGUGGGACGCGUGUUGGGUGAUGUGUGCUGUGUUCCAUGUGCCGUGUUCUGUGUUCCAUGUGCUGUGUGCUGUGUGCCAUGUGCUGUGCGCUGUGUUCCGUGUGAUGUGCGCUGUGUUCCGUGUGCUGUGUGCUGUUCCAUGUGCUGUGUUCCAUGUGUUGUGUGCUGUUCCAUGUGUUGUGUGCUGUGUGCUGUUCCAGGUGUUGUGUGCUGUUCCAUGUGUUGUGUGCUGUUCCAUGUGCUGUGUUCCAUGUGCUGUGUGCUGUUCCAUGUGCUGUGUUCCAUGUGCUGUGUGCUUCCUGUGUGCUGUUCCAUGUGCUGUGUUCCAUGUGCUGUGUGCUGUGUUCCAUGUGCUGUGUGCUGUGUUCCAUGUGCUGUGUGAUGUGUUCUGUGUGCUGUUGCUGUGUUCCGUGUGCUGUGCACUGUGCGCUGUGUUCCGUGUGCUGUGCGGUGUAUGCUGUUCCAUGUGCUGUGUGCUGUGUGCUGUUCCAUGUGUUGUGUGCUGUUCCAUGUGUUGUGUGCUGUUCCAUGUGCUGUGUUCCAUGUGUUGUGUGCUGUGUUCCAUGUGUUGUGUGCUGUUCCAUGUGCUGUGUUCCGUGUGCUGUGUUCCGUGUGCUGUGUUCCAUGUGCUCUGUGUUGUGUGCUGUAUGCUGUGUGCUGUUUGUUGUCAUGAGAGCAUUUUCAGGUGCUGUGUGCUGUGUUCCGUGUGCUAUGUGCUGUGUUCCGUGUGCUGUGUUCCAUGUGCUGUGUGCCAUGUGUUGUGUGCUGUUCCAUGUGCUGUGUGCCAUGUGUUGUGUGCUGUUCCAUGUGUUGUGUGCUGUUCCAUGUGCUGUGUUCCAUGUGUUGUGUGCUCUUCCAUGUGCUGUGUUGUGUGUUCCAUGUGCUGUGUUCCAUGUGCUGUGUGUUGUGUGCUGUUCCAUUUUCAGGUGCUGUGUGCUGUGUGCUGUGUUCCGUGUGCUGUGUUCCAUGUUCUGUGUGCCAUGUGUUGUGUGCUGUGUGCUGUGUUCCAUGUGCUGUGUGCUGUGUUUCAUGUGCUGUGUUCCAUGUGCUAUGUGCUGUGUGCUGUUCCAUGUGUUGUGUGCUGUUUUUCAGGUGCUGUGUGCUGUGUUCUGUGUUCUGUGUGCUGUGUGCUGUGUUCUGUGUGCUGUGUUCCGUGUGCUGUGUGCUGUGUUCCAUGUGCUGUGUGCUGUGUUCCGUGUGCUGUGUUCUGUGUGCUGUGUUCCAUGUGCUGUGUGCCAUGUGUUGUGUGUUGUGUGCUGUGUUCCAUGUAUUGUGUGCUGUGUUCUGUGUGCCGUGUGCUGUGUGCUGUGUUCCAUGUGAUGUGUGUUGUGUGCUGUGUGCUGUGUUCCGUGUGCUGUGUUCCAUGUGCUGUGUGCAGUGUUCUGUAUGCUGUGUUUGUGUGCUGUGUGUUGUGUGCUGUGUUCCAUGUGCCAUGUGCUGUGUGUUGUGUGCCCUGUGUUGUGUGCUGUGUGUUGUGUGCCGUGUGCUGUGUGUUGUGUACCCUGUGA